CAGAGGCGGUCGGGGCGGAGGGAGCGCGCGCGCGCGUCGGCUGGGAGAGACGCCCCGAGUCGCGCUCUUCAGCGCGCGCGCAGUUAGCGGGACCCCCUUCGCUCGUUUCCUCCCGUUAACGACGCGGAUCAGGCUGCGCUCGCUGCGUUCUAACAAGAUACUCAGUCCCUUCUGAUGAGAAGCAUCCCCGCAGAAUGAUGCUGCCACCACCACGCUUCAGUAUAGGGUUGGUGUUUUUUGAGGAUUCUCUUUGGUCUUCAUUUUCUUGACUUCACGUUCUGACAAAGUUGAUGGGGCUUCAUUGUACACAAGUAGAAACAUCCAGUUACGUUUUCAUCUACCAGGAGACAAGGUUUGAAUAUUUAUGAGCACCCGGGGACCUUGGUCUACUGAAUUAUGAAGCACGGCUGCACUCCGACCAUCUCAGGUUACCGUUGCCGCCAGUGCCAGUGUUGCAGCCGCUAGCGGCUGGGUUUGCCCCAGCCUGCUCAUCCAUUCUCCGUACCCUCCGAAAAAGAGAAGAAGCCCCCCACCACUCUGCCCCCAACAGCUGCUGCCUGGACACACAUGAUACAUACUUACCAUUCCCAAGCUUGCAUCUCAUGGCGAUGCCCCCUUGCUGACCCUUUGAAAAUAUAGGGGUCAACCCAUCAGGAUAAAAAUAAAAGUUGGCCAUUUUUUUUUUGAGCUGCAGAAACCUGUGGUCAGCUCUUUGUUUUUUGCUCCUUCGAACAACAGCCGGUGGAGGUGGGGUGGGGGCCACCGAUGGAGGCCAACAUGGAGUACUGUGUGGCGCAGGUGAUGCAGAAGGACAUGGGGCGGCGGCUGCAAGUGGGCCAAGAGCUCAUAGACUACAUUAGUGACAAGGACAAAUCCCACGAUUUGGAACAGGAUCAGGCUGCUCUCGACAAACUGGUGGACAGCAUUGCCAGCUCCUGGGUCAACUCCAGCAACUUUAAGGUCGCUCUGCUGGGAAUCGAUGUUCUGUCCGCCCUCGUGACGAGACUGCAGGAGCGCUUCAGGUCCCACAUCGGCACAGUUCUCCCCAGUUUGAUAGACCGUCUUGGGGACGCAAAAGACCAGGUGCGCGACCAAGACCAAGCGCUCUUAUUGAAGAUUGUGGAGCUGUCGGCCAAUCCGCAGUACGUAUGGGACAGGAUGCUGGGAGGAUUCAAGCACAAGAACAACCGGACCAGAGAAGGGCUCUGCCUUUGCCUUAUCGCCACACUGAACGUAUACGGAGCUCAAGGUCUGACCCUCAGCAAAAUUGUACCACAUAUAUGCAACUUGUUAGGAGAUGCCACUAGUCAGGUGCGAGAUGUUGCCAUGAACUGCCUUGUGGAAAUCUAUCGGCACGUGGGAGAGAGGGUGCGAAUUGAUCUCAGCAAGAAGGGCCUGCCUCAGUCACGGUUGAAUGUCAUUUUUAGUAAAUUUGAUGAAGUCCAAAGAUCUGGGAACAUGAUCAUGUCUUCUGCGUCAGAUAAGAACUUUGACGACGAAGACUCUGCGGAUGGAAGCAGGUCCUGUUCCUCUGCUUCGUCAUGUAAAGGUGGACCUAGGGCAUUUUCCACAGGUUCUGUGCGCAGACGGUUCUCAGGAUCUGGCCCGAAGGCUCCAGGGAAAGAGGGCACGAGUGCAGGGGCAGUUGACGAGGAGGACUUCAUUCAAGCCUUUGAGGAUGUGCCCAGUGUACAGAUUUACUCUAACAAGGAGCUGGAGGAUUCCAUGGCCAAGAUCCGUGAAGUCCUGUCUGAUGAUAAGCAUGACUGGGAGCUCCGUGUUGCUUCUCUGAAGAAAGUUCGGUCCCUGCUCCUGGCUGGUGCAGCGGAGCACGACGGGUUUUUCCAGCAGCUCCGACUACUUGAAGGCGCCUUCAAGCUCUCAGCCAAAGACCUCCGCUCUCAGGUGGUGCGGGAGGCCUGUAUUACUCUCGGCCACCUCUCUUCAGUCCUGGGCAACCGAUUUGAUCAUGGUGCAGAGAGUAUCAUGCCAACGCUCCUGAACCUUGUCCCCAACAGUGCCAAGGUUAUGGCCACAUCUGGCAUCGCUGCUAUCCGCCUUAUCAUCCGACACACCCACUAUCCCCGACUAAUCCCCAUCUUGACCAGCACCUGCACUUCCAAGUCUGUGGCUGGCCGGAGGCGCUGCUAUGAGUUCUUAGACCUCCUGCUGCAGGAAUGGCAGACGCACCCACUAGAGAGGCAUGUUGCUGUCCUCACCGAGACUAUUAAGAAAGGGAUCCAUGAUGCUGAUUCGGAAGCAAGAUCGGUUGCUAGAAAGUGUUAUUGGGGUUUCCACGGCCACUUCAGGAGGGAGGCAGAGCAUCUGUUCCAGGCACUCGAGUUGUCGUAUCAGAAGGCCCUGCAGCUGCACCUGAAGAAUUCGGACAGUGUUGUGUCUCUGCCGCAGUCGGACCGCUCCUCAUCCAGCUCCCAGGAAAGCUUGAAUCGACCCCUGUCUGCUAAGAGUCCGGUGGGGAGCAGCAUUUCCAGAGCAAAAGUAACGACCUGCAAGGCCCCUUCCACACCCGGCACCCUCCAGCGCUCCUGUAGUGACAUCGAUGUCAACGCUGCCACCAAUGCCAAGGCCAGAAUGACAGUGGUGCCCUCCACUGCAGCGCCCUUCACUUCAGCUUCCGCCCUGCCUCCUGGCUCCUAUGCCUCUCUAGACGGCACACCCAGUAAACCAGAGGGCCGUGUGCGCACCAGACGUCCGACCUCUGGUAGCAUGGCCGUUGCAAACACUGUCACAGACAGCAGGGGGCGAAGCCGAGCCAAGGCUUCGUCGCAAUCCCAGCGAUCCAGAUCAGCUAACCCAACUGGUGCCAGCAGUCGUUCUGGCUCCCCGGGCAGGGUCCUUGGUCAUAUGAAUGCAAGGGUCCCUCGGGAUACUGCUUCUACCACCCUGCAAUCGGACAAGCGUGCUAAGGUGCCACGCAGCCAGGGUUGCAGCCGUGAGACCAGUCCCAGCAGAAUGGCCGUGGCCUCCGGACGUCACUCCCGUUCCACGAGUGCACUCUCCGCGGUCGACCCUCUGGGCCAGUCAGACCGGUUUGGGCUGAUCCACCAGGCCCACAUCUCGGCCUCAGUGAAUGCCAUGAGGGUCCUAAACACUGGCACAGAGGUGGAAGCUGCCGUUGCCGAUGCCCUGCUUCUUGGAGACACCCGGAAUAAGAGGAAGCCCAUGCGAAGGCGGUACGAGUCUCCGGGGAUGUUCUCGGACGAUGACGCCAACAGUGAUGCAUCCAGCGCCUGCUCAGAGCGCUCCUAUGGCUCCAGGAAUGGUGCAGUGCCACACUAUCUGCGCCAGAUGGAGGACGUGGCCGAAGUGUUGAACCACUGUGCCAGCUCUAACUGGUCCGAGCGCAAGGAUGGCCUGGUUGGUCUGCAGAACCUGCUCAAAAGCCAAAGGAUCCUCAGCCGCGUGGAGCUGAAGAGGCUCUGUGAAAUCUUCACCAGGAUGUUUGCAGAUCCACACAGCAAGCGAGUGUUCAGCAUGUUCCUGGAGACACUGGUGGACUUCAUCACCAUCCACAGGGAAGACCUGCAGGACUGGCUCUUUGUCCUUCUCACACAACUGCUGAAGAAGAUGGGUGCUGACCUGUUGGGCUCUGUCCAGGCCAAAGUCCAGAAAGCCCUGGAUGUCACCAGGGAUUCUUUUCCGUUUGACCAGCAGUUCAACAUACUGAUGAGGUUCAUUGUGGAUCAGACGCAGACGCCGAACCUCAAGGUGAAAGUGGCCAUCCUGAAGUACAUCGAGUCACUGGCACGGCAGAUGGACCCCACGGACUUUGUAAAUUCCAGCGAGACUCGUUUGGCCGUGUCUCGCAUCAUCACUUGGACCACAGAACCAAAAAGCUCCGAUGUCCGGAAGACCCUCCAUAGCUGGUCAAGCGAGGAGUUGUCAGGCAGGCUCAGCACUGUGCCCUCUUUGCCCGGAGAGGGCAACGUGGAGGAGAGGUGCAAACAGGCUGCCCAGCUGGUUCUUAUUGCGCUCUUCGAGCUCAAUACUCCAGAGUUUACCAUGCUGCUGGGGGCACUGCCCAAAACAUUCCAGGAUGGGGCCACCAAGCUCCUUCACAACCACCUGAAGAAUUCCAGCAAUGUUGGCAUGGUAUCUCCGAGCAACACCAUCACCCGCACCCCUCCCCGGCAACCCAGCAGCCGCAGCAGCCCCCUCACUUCCCCGACCAGCUGCUGCCAUGGGGGACUGUCACCCAGUGUUAUGGAGUACGACACAGAGAACCUGAACUCAGAUGAGAUCUACAGCUCGCUGCAUGGUGUCUCCCAGGCCAUCCAGAGCUUCAGCUACCGCAGCCAGGAGGACCUGAAUGAACCAAUGAGGCACGAAGGCAAAAAGAAUGACACUGCCGGACGGGAAGGUGGGAUAGGCAUGCUGCCCCAAGGGUCUGACCCCCGACUGGGUGCAGACAUGAUGGAGGGUGGCCGCACAGCCCUGGACAACAAGACCUCACUGCUCAAUACCCCUCAACCACGUUCCUUCUCUGGUUUCCGUGGCCGGGAAUACAGUCCCUACUGCUAUACUGACACCAUCAGUGCUUAUGACAAGAGUGUCCCGAAGGAAACAGUGUUUGAUGAUGACGCUGAGCACUUCCGUGAUGUCCCUCUGGACCACUCAGACCUCGUGGCCGAGCUUCUGAAAGAGCUGUCUAACCACAACGAGCGUGUGGAGGAGCGCAAGGCGGCGCUGUUCGAACUGCUGAAGAUCACACGGGAGGACCGCCUGCGCGUCUGGGACGAACACUUCAAGACUGUCCUGCUGCUGUUGCUAGAGACACUUGGAGACAAAGACCACACCAUCCGGGCCCUGGCAUUACGUGUGCUGAAGGAGAUCCUGCGGAACCAGCCAGCCCGUUUUAAGAACUAUGCAGAGCUCACAAUCAUGAAAACCCUGGAAGCCCAUAAAGACUCUCACAAGGAGGUGGUGCGGGCAGCAGAGGAGGCAGCGUCCACCCUGGCUGGCUCCAUCCACCCAGAGCAGUGCAUCAAGGUGCUGUGCCCAAUCGUGCAGACAGCUGACUACCCCAUAAACCUGGCUGCGAUCAAAAUGCAGACGAAAGUUAUCGAGCGCAUCGCCAAAGAGUCGCUGCACCAGCUGCUGCCUGACAUCAUCCCCGGGCUCCUGCAGGGCUAUGACAACACGGAGAGCAGUGUGCGCAAGGCCAGCGUCUUCUGCCUAGUAGCCAUCUACUCAGUCAUUGGUGAAGAGCUGAAGCCCCACCUGGCUCAGCUGACAGGCAGCAAGAUGAAGCUACUGAACCUGUACAUCAAGAGGGCCCAGACCACCAACAGCAACAGCAGCAGCUCCUCAGAUGUGUCCACACACAGCUAACCCAACAGCAGAUAAAGUCCAUCCAUGUGGCUACAGAGCCAUGCGUCGCCGUUUCCUGGCCGAACCAACGUCACCCCCCUUGCUUCUCCGGAGGGGAUUUUACAUCUUGUAGCCUUUUUUUAUUUAUUAUGUUUGCCUUUAAGCAAUGUACUCCUGGCUGUUUAGGUUUUAUUUCUCUCUGCUGCAGAAUGUUGAAUGUAAAGAUGUUUCAAAUGGUGGUAAUUACUUUGAACGGCACUGAAAUAUGGAAGCGGUAGCAGUCUAUGCUGUCACCUUGUUUAUUAUGUAUUUUAAUGUAGUUUAACCAAAAACAGAUUGCAGAUAUUUGAAAAUGAAAUAAAUAAGGGCAAAUUUUAAGUGUAAUGUGUAACCCUAGGCUAUGAACCUCAAGGGUUAUUUUAUCUGUUUUAUGAUUACCCUAAAAACAGGCUUGUCUUGGGUAAAUACUGUGCUCCCAGCAGCAUGUUUUUUUGGACCUUCAAGAAGUUUAAUAUUUCACAUUAAUUAUAGAAAAUUAUCAUUUUCCAGGCUGCGACUUAACUAAGCAGUGAGAUGUUAAAUUGGACACCGAAAAACCAAAAAUAAGCCAUUAAAAUUGUACACUUAAUAUGUGUUUGUGAGCCAGUAUCUAGAACCACACCAUAACCCAUCAACCAGUGGCUCAUCGCAUCAAAUAACUUAAAAAUAUGUACUUGAUUUUUGUUGCCUAUAUUUUUCCUUAUUAUAGUAGUACUUAUUUCAUUUACAACACAUUUUCUUAAGUUAUCUGAACUAUCAUCAGAUUUGGAUUCCUGGCAAAUUGCACCAUGGUGUCUUUAAACUAUUCUGUUGUCUAAAUAAGUAAUAAUAUAGGUAAUUAAGUAUAUAAUUUUUAUAACAAAAUAGCAGCACUGCUGAAUGAGUUUUUAAUUGAUCUAAAAAUUUCCUGACAAUCUUUAACUGAGAAGUCUGUGACCUUAGCAAAACGAAGGCCGUAUUUUAUCCAAAUGACAAUGCCAUUUGAUUUAAAACAGUUGUGCAAGUACUGUAAUUAGUACUUGAAAUUAAUUAAUAGAGUUCACUGUGCCCUUGAAGAAGUCAGCCUGUCACAGGAUCAGUGAUGAUUCAACCUGGUUAUAGAUCCUGUUAGUCAAAACACUGUAUAAAAACUUAACACUUUUUCCCCCAUUUCCUUUUGAUGAACAACCCUAAAAAGAGUUCUUUCUCCUCUUCUGAAUAGUCUGCAUUCCUGCUGCAUUGAAACUAAUUUGCCCAUAAUGAUCCUCAUGGAUCUCCUUACUACAAAUGCCACAGGUAUGCUUUUGAAGACACUACCGGGCCUUACUUUAUUUUUUAAAGUACUGUGUUCACCUUGUGGACUGUUACAUGGAAUCACUGUAGCCUUGUGUUCUCAAAAUGUGAAGCCUGCUCUAUUCAGUUGGCCUAAGGUUGUGAAAAUGAAGGAAAAUCUCAUGUUUGUAAUUCCAUAACUACUUCCACUCCAUGCACCACUGAGUAUUUUGUACAUUACUUCCAGUUGCUGCUUCAAAAUUGUAGACUGAAAAAAGUUCUUAGACCUCUUUUGUUUUGCAUGUUAACAAAUAUUCUGCACGUAUUGGCCAAACAUGCCCCUCUGUGCUGUGACUGGUUCUGAUCCACUUGUUAAAGUCCCUUUAGCUUGUACAUACAGUAUGAACUGAACAUGCAAUCAUACAAAAAGUUCCACAUGACCUAGUUGGGUGUAAACCCCCAAAAUGUGACUGCUGACCUUGAGCGACCAUGUCCGUGUGAGAUGUGGUGUGACACUCACAGUGUUGCUUGAAAGUACAGAUGCUCCUCGACUAAUGAUGGGGUUACGUUCCGAUAAACCCAUUG